AUGGGUGCUGCUUGUUUUGUUGCUGCUAAAGAUAAGACUGUACAGAGUGGAUCGACGAAUGAGAAUUCACAUCGGAAUAUUCGGUGUUCGCCGACGUGGAGCUUUCGUUGGGAUCAUCGAGGAGGGCGUGUAGCUGGUGAAGAUACUUCUAUAAACUGGUUUUCUGAUGGGAAUAGCAGGAAUGAUGGUUCGGAGAAUAAAAAUGAAUCAGGGCAUGUAUUAGAGGAUGGAAGUCCAUUGCAGAACUGUCAAACGAAUGCAUGCCGAAAAUCGCCGAUUUCUGAAGGUGCUGCUGCAAAUGUUAGAGAUUCAACUUCAGAUGUAUCUAUUUCAAGGUCUGUGUCUAUUGAUGCGAGCCCGGAACAGGCAAAUGGGUUGGGAGAAUCAUCGAUAGCGUCUUGGCCAUCACCUGCAAAACCAUCAUUGCAUUCAGCUUCAUUGUCUGCAUCUCCUUUAUCAUCCCAAUACCACAUGCUUCCACCUAGCUUUACCCCAUCAAGGUGGCCCGGCCAUUCCCCAGGACACCAGGUGUUAUGGCCAACUUCUGAUAUUCGAAUGCAAGCAUAUAAGUCUCCCGGCAGCUUCUCUCUGUCUGAGGAAAGACCUGUGUUUCCUUCAUGGAGCAACGGAUCAGGAAUGCGCUCCCGUGGGGGAUCUUCAGAUGGUUGGUCUAUACCUGGCUUUUCAGAGCUGAUGGGAACUCACCACAGACAAAGAUCGUCAUUGGAUAGUGAGUCCUUUGGUUCUAAUUACGAAAGGAUAGCUAGAUCCGGUAGUUGGUUUUCAGCCUCACCAGUUGAUUUGAGAACAUGUGGCUUUUGCUCAAAGGUUUUAAGGGAGAAGUCUCCUUGGAGUACCCAAAAGAUAUAUACAAAUAAUGACCCUUCUGUAGUUGCUGUUCUUAUCUGUGGACAUGUCUAUCAUGCUGAAUGUUUGGAGAAUAUGACAGCUGAUAUUAGUAAGUACGAUCCAGCUUGUCCAGUCUGCAGCUUCGGUGAGAAACAAACUAUGGAGUUGUCCAAAAAAGUUCUGAAAGCUGAAAAGGAUUUGAAGGCUAGAAACCAGACAUUGGAGAAUCAGGUUGAGUACAGUGAUAUUGAAAACGAUGAUUCUGUUGUGUUUGAUAGCAUUAAAGUGAAAGAACCUAUAGGUAAAGAUAAAGGUCCUCGAAUGGGAUCCAGUUCUCGUGGGAGAAGCUCCUUUGGAAAACCUUUUUUGAGACGACACUUUACAUUUGGAUCAAAAGGUUCCAGAUCCACGGUAGAUAGUCACCCUACAAAAAAGAAGGGCUUCUUUUGGUCAAAAUCAAGCAAAGAAUAA